UUCGAAAUCAUUCAAAGUUCCAAAUUCCAAACACAUGAAAUUCAAUUACAUUCUUUAAAUAAAAACACAAUUGUGUUGAUUGCAAGAUGUCAAUUAAAAUUUUUCUCUGUUCAUUUCUUGGUCUAUUUGCUUUAGUUACUGAGAAUUAUGGACGAUCAAUUGAAUCUACGGCAUUUGAAAUACAACAGCCUCAAGGUCGAUCACUGGAUUUUAUUCUUUCCGGUAUUGGAAUAAAAAAGAAUUCCAUUCUUGAUUUAGUGAAUCAAACUAUGUCAGGAUCCUUCGAUAAGAUUCCAGGAGGAUUUGGUACGAUUCCAUCAUUUGAUACAUUUAAUAAGUUGAAAACACAAACGUUAAAAUAUUUCGAUAGAAUCACACAAAUGAAACAUAAAUUAUUUGAGCAAUUAAUAUCGACAGCAACUCGUACUACACCUGAUCCUUGCAAUACAACAUGGUCAACAACAACCUCGACAACAACACCAUCAACAACAACAGAUGGAACAAGUACUAGAACUAGUACAGAAUCAUGGGGGUCUACUUCAUCAUCAACAACCCCUACCACUUUAUCAACCACACUUCCGUCAAAUUCAUCAACAACACCACCAUCGAAUUUAUCCACAACCACAACAUCAACAGCAACUACUGAAUUCACUUUACCACCAAUUACAUAUGUUAUGCCUACUUUGUCAACAGAUCUUCCCUAAUAUAAAAAAAUUCAAUAAAUACGAUUACAAAUUUCUUUUUUA